AUGAUCUCGUGUGCUGAGCAGUGAAGCCGGCAGGGAGAGGCCAGCAGAGGCCCGGCUCCGGCUCCGGAGGCUCCGGCUCCGGCUUCCCUCCUGCUCUGGCUCCCCCGGGGCUGCUCUGGAAUUCUCUCGGUGCCCACUGUUGCCAUGCACUCAGCUGGGCCUCACGGAGCCGAGUCACCCAUGAGCAGGCAGGAAGAGAAGGAUGCUGAGCUGGAUCGGAGGAUAGUUGCCCUUCGAAAGAAGAACCAGGCCUUACUACGCAGGUACCAGGAGAUCCAGGAAGACCGGCGGCAGGCGGAGCAGGGGGGCAUGGCCGUGACCACAGCGGAAUUCCUCCGACCCGAUGGCCUCACUGUCACUAUCAGCCAGGUCCCCGGCGGCAGGCGGGUGGUCAGCCGGAACUGGGCAAGACCCCUCAGACCCGGAGCAGCCGAUGAGAUGCUUGAGGACGAUGAGGUAGAGGACCACACUGGUACUUUCUGCCUGGGGGAACGGGUAGAGCUGGCUGUGACCAUGGAAAACAAAGCUGAGGCCAAACGGAUCGUAAGUGAGAAGCCCACCAGAGCAAGGAACCAGGGCGCAGAAGGGUCACGUGGAAGGGGCUUGGGCCGGACUCCCUCCAUGCAGAUGGCCAACAGCUCGGAUUCUGCACGGAAAGGUGCUCGGGAGCCCCAGAGUCCAGGCCUGGUCCCAGGCCCAGUUCCCCACCGGCCCGUGGGGGGACCUGUGGAGGUGGGCUGGGACUAUGCCCAGUGGAAGCAGGAGCGGGAGCAGAUCGACCUGGCCCGCGUGGCCAGGCACAGAGAUGCACAGGGUGACUGGCGCCGCCCAUGGGACCUGGACAAGGCCAAGCCCACGCUACAGGACUCCGGCAAGCCUCAGGAAGAGGGUCCGGCCAGGGUGGGCGGCACCAGGGGUCCCAGGAGCCACCGGAAGUCACAGCCCCCACCACUGUCCCUUGAUGGUAAAUGUGGUACUACUCGGGGUGGGCAACCCAGCAGACCCUCAGUGGUGUCGGCCACACGAAGCAAAGCCCGGGGGACAGAGAGGCUGACCGGCAGGGCCCGCAGGUGGGAAACGAAGGAAGACAAGCAGGAGCUGGAGAGCCAAGAGGGAAGCCAAAGUAGCAGAAAGACUCGGAGCCAGGAGGAGCAUUCACAGAAGCAGAGCGGGAUGGAGCCGGGCCGACCCACAAGUGCCCCACCAACCAGCCCAGCCCCAGGAUCCCCAGGGCGGCCACAAAGGGGGUCAGGAGCCUCCAUGGCUAGUCCAGUCCCUGGCUCUCCACAAAGCACUGACUUGGUUCCCCUUGACCUUUCUCUAGGAGGGGCCAGUAGCCCCGGGGCCGGGGAGAGUAUGUGUGCGCUCACUCCAAGGCCCGGGGCCCAGGAGAACCCUGUGUCCUCGCCGGAUGGUUCUGAGCAGCUCCUGGGGUGGAGUGACCCCCAGGCUGAGCCGGAAGUACAGACUUGUUCUGAGCCACAAGGAGCAGGGCCGCUAGAGCCCAGAGAAGACAAGUCUGGCAAGCCUGGGGCCCAACAGGGCUUGGCACCACGAAGCAGGCCCCCCAGAGGAAUGGGCCAAAGGGCAAGGGGCACAGGAGGUAUGAGAGGCAGGACAGGACAGCCUGGCCCUGCAGGAAGAUGCUGA